AUGCUCAGUCGCGGAAAAAGAAUACAUUGCAGGUCCGGACGAACAAGACAUUAUAAAAUACAUUUCACAGACAAGCGUGCAGCAACCUGUAGUCUCUGUAACGAAGAUUUUACCAACUAUACUUCCUUCAAACGUCACAACAAACCUUGUCUACAACAACAUGCUAAUAAUCAACGAUUAACUAAUGACCAGCAGCCAACAAGUGAUUCCGAAUCUACUAAUGAGCAAGAACGUGAGAUCGAAAUAGAAGACGCAUUGGAGGAAGUGGUGACGGCGGAACAUGAUGUCAUAUCUAACAUCAAUACUAUUCAAGACAAUAAAACUGCCACAAAAAGCCGUGAAGUUGAGAUAAACAAUUCGACAGAUUUAACUGACUUCCUCAGCAAAGAACUUACGAAACCUUCUCCUGGAACAGAAACUCAUGUCCAUUUUAAACGGCAUUUUUUCCAUAUUCCAUUUGGAGCGAUAAACCGUGAUAGAGUCGAAAGAUCAAAUGUAAAGACGGUACCACAAACUAGAGUGAACCAUUGCUUCACAGCAACAGGGGUGGGUCAAGUAAAAUAUAGAGACCACAGUUGCUUUUGUCAGUCCUGUCUGAGGGGAACAUUGGCAAAUUGUCCAAAUGCUAAGAUUACUGGCCCACGGAGAACUUUUAAGAUGACAAAGAGGCCUAAUCGUAAUCAGCUACUCAACAUUAUGCCUAAGAAAAAGGUCGUACAACGAGUUUCCCACUCAGAAGAGAGAAAACCAGCCACACCACCUGUCUACCCUUGGGGAACAACUACAGACAACACAUCAGCCUAUGACUUCCCAUUGUCUCAUGGAGAGGAUAUAGCGGUGAAAGAUUUUCCUGGGCCCGAUCACUUCCGAGUACAGGUUGUCGAGGGUGGCGACGUUGCAUCACCAGCCGUUAUAAAAUUCUUUCAUCAAAUUGAUAUUUAUGACACCAUCAUUCUUUUAAAUUAUAGACUUAGAAUGAGUCAACAGUGGAGGCUGAUAUCAAUAGACUUGCCGGAACGGCCGUCCAUGUCUCCAGUAAGACAUAGAUGUUCUCUUUGUAAUAAGAACUUCUCAGCCAGGAGUAAUCUAUCAAGACACUUUAAACAGCACUUUGAUCAAGACAUAGAUGUCACCUGCCCAAAAUGUAAUAUUCCACUUCAUUCCAUUGAACAGUAUAAACAUCAUAAGAAGGAACUGUGCCAUUUAUUAAACAAAGAACCUUCUGUCACUGUAGGGCAGGAAAAUGAUGCUAUACCUACUGAAGACCAGAGCGAUGAUAAUAUCUCUACACAUGAUUCAGAAUCUAAUGUUGCACCUUCUAUGGUCUCUGCCUCUGAGAUGGGAAGAAACAGAGUAAUCUCACCAUCCAGGGAAAGCAUUAGUGAAAUGUUUAAACGUCAUGAAAAUUUAUUACAAAAUGGAAAGGAUUCAGAAAUCACUAUUACACUGCCAGAUGGUACCACCUAUAAAUGGUCUAAGCAAUACAUAUGAAAUUAUUUUUAAUCUCAGUUGUUUAUAUUUUCUUGAUGCAGGAGCAUCAAUUGUUUUAAAGAGGGGAGGAAUGUUACAAAAAUUGGAAUUUUUGGUUUAUUUUUAAGUUGUUCACAAAGUUACAAUGAUGAUAACCUUUUAAGAUUCAUUCAUUACGGAAAGAUAACAUUAUUUUCUAAAAUGGGUAAAAAGGUCGGCAUUGGUUAAUAAUUAUAGUUCUAAAUGUAAUUCUUGAUGUGCAGGAUAACUUCAUUGGUACGUUUUUGUUAGACUUCAAUUGGGGAUAACAUUUCAUUUUAACUGUGAUAACAAUUUUUUUUAUUCUCAAGAUAACUUUUCUUUUCAGCAAUGAUAUCAAAACAUUUCAUUUUGCUGAUGAUUACAAUUCUUAAUCCUUAAGCUAACUUUUCGUUUCAGCUAUGAUAACAUUUCUCAAAUUCUACGAUAACUUUUUCUUUUACAAAUGAUAACAAUAAUGAUAACAUUCUUAAUCCUUAAGAUAACUUUUCGUUUCAGCUAUGAUAACAUUUCAUUUCACUGAUGAUAACAAUGAUGAUAACAUUUCUUAUACCUUAAGAUAACUUUUCUCUUCAGCUAUGAUAACAUUUCAUUCCACUGAUGAUAACAAUGAUGAUAACAUUUCUUAUACCUUAAGAUAACUUUUCUCUUCAGCUAUGAUAACAUUUCAAUUCACUGAUGAUAACAAUGAUGAUAACAUUUCUUAUACCAUAAGAUAACUUUUCUCUUCAGCUAUGAUACCAUUUCAUUCCACUGAUGAUAACAAUGAUGAUAACAUUUCUUAUACCUAAAGAUAACUUUUCUCUUCAGCUAUGAUAACAUUUCAUUUCACUGAUGAUAACAAUGAUGAUAACAUUUCUUAUAC